ACAACAUAAUAUUGAAACGAUCGUUAUGUCCACAACGUGUCCAAUAACUAAGCACACACUGCCCUAUGAUACCGGUACCGUAUUAAUAUUUGCUAAACUUUCAACAGAGAUCUGAGUCUGUAAGUCCAAGGAUCAACCCAGGCCGACAGAUUUUUUUGCUACUAAGAUUCCUGCUUAAAGUUACGUUAUCGGUUUAACGUAGUAGACUAUAUAUUUACGGUUUAACCCGCCCGCCCAUGCGUGAUUAUCUUUGGUGAGAAGUUGUUUAAUAAAAUGCUCAGGGCUCUGGUAAAAACAAGCAAAAACUGCCUUUCAUGUCGUUUAUUCUUUAGUGGAACAACAGUAUGUUUUUCUGAUGAUUCACCCACACAAUCAUCAACCGCACGUUAUCCGCCAGUCAACAGAUGUGAAGGUUUGGACACUGACAAGACAUGGGAGGCUGAAGUUAUUAAACAUGAAAGAGACAUUGACCAACUGAGAAAACAAGGCGUAGGCGACUCCGAUUUACCAGAGCUUAAUCGAGAAGAAAAAGUGAAAAAUCUUCCGCAUUUGUCAUUCAGAGAGAAACCAAAAUUUGAUCAGGACGAAUCUGUAUUAGAUGAAACUUCUGAUUUGCUGCUUGGUGAAACCAUCCCAUCGGAAGGUGCAAGUCAAAGACUAGAUUCAAUCAAUAAUAUUGAUCCAGAUUUUGUCAGAGAGGAUGUUCAAGAAUUAUUGCAAAGAAUACAUUACAGAUGUGCAGCAGACCUAGUUUAUAAAUCAACGAUAACAGAAAGAAAACAAAUGCCCACACUUCGAUAUCUUACUGACAACCAAUUAAAAGAAGAAAUGGAAAAAAUUAGAGAAUCGAUGAAUGAGAAAAUUGAAAUGCCUCUGGUGAUGCUGAAAAGGAAAACUUGUAACAAAUAUUUAUCAAAUGAUGAUAUUCUUGACGGAUAUGAAGAUAGCAAUUUAUCUUUUGUUGAUAUUUCAGAAAAUAUUAAAAAUAGGGAACGUUUCAUUGUUGUUAGAGAAACAAAUGGAAAACUCAGAAAAGCGAACUGGGAUGAGAGAGACAGAUUGAUAAAUCUUUACUAUCCUGUUCUUGGUAGAAAAAUUGUACCACCAUUAUUGUUUAAAACACAGCAUUUGGAGAAUGUAUUUGAGCAAAAUAUUCAUGAAAAUGCAUUGGAUCAGUGCGUAAUUCAAUUUGAACCUGAUUCACCUAAAUACCUGGAGAUUUUUGAAGCAGUUUACAGAAACAUUGAGGAAAAAAAGUAUUAUCAUUUAUUAAGAGCUACAAGAUAUUUUGGAGGCCUUGUGUACUUCCUGACGAAAAACUUUUUGAUUGAUAGCCUUAUUUUAGAUAUGCUUCAAAAUAAUAUGAUAGAGGAUGCUGUUGAUUGUAUCAGACUUCUUACCUUAUUACAUCCAAACUGUAAAACAAAAUCCUUCAUUGAUUUAAUGGAUUCCCCUGAAGACAUAACAAUCAUUGAGGCGUACAUUGAAAAUGAAUCUGCGGACAAAACAGCUCUUUUACAAGUUCUUCAAAACCUCAAAGACCCAACAGCUGAAAAUAAGAGCGAGAAUAUUCAAGCACAUUGCAAUCUGUGAAGAAAGAUUUACUGAGAGAAAAGAAAAUGUUCACUUCAUGAUCAAGCGUGAUGCAAUCCUGUGUUAGUUGUUACCAUGCUGUUGUUGACGACUAAAACAAAUCCGUCCUGUCACAGGGAUCUUGGGUAAUUAACUAUGAAUGAUAUAAGCAUUGACUGAGUUCUGUGAAAGAUGCAAUGUUGCAUUUUUUAUUUAAAUUCUGUAUUUUGGUAUCAGACUGGUAUGUUUAUGUCAAUUUCAUCAAGCCAAGGAAAAUAAAUUGAGCAAACGGACAAAAUUACGAAAUUUUGAACAUUGCUUCAUAAAAUGCUUUGUAUUAUAGUUUCAACUUGGAUGAACAAAGUGUAAAAUUUAACUAGGUGAGCAGGAGUAUAUUGUUGCCAGAUGAUUAAAUUACCCACCCAUUCAUAGAGUAAUUCAUAGUAAUUAAUCUUGUCUGAUAAUCUAGUCUCAAAAAGGAUUUAUCAGACAUUACAAGAUUAUCUAUCUGUGUGGUGUGACAUAGUUAAUAAAAUGCAAUUCUUGGUGGGACCUACAAGUGUGUAGUUACAUUCAGAAGUUCAAUAUCGAUCAUUGGUAGAGGGAGGUUUUAUUCUUGCAAACUGUGGAGUGUCUGUUUUGAUAAAGAAGUCUGUCCCAUGGUUAAGUCUGCUUAUCAGGUAUAUACUUGAAAUUGGCGGAAUCUUCCCGGCUCAACAGUCAACACUGCCUACCCAUCCAAUAUACAGGGUGUCCAAAAAGUUCCGCCCGAUUUCAUAGCAUUACUAAUUUCAAAUUUGAAUAAAUUUUGUUGUAUGAUAAAUGGGGACUACAACAUUCAACAUCUAUAACAUCUAAUUAGAAACAGGUUGACUAUAAAUCUUUUUUUAAAUUAAAAAAAAAUAACAUUUGAUUAUAAAGUCUUUAUAAUCGGGCGAAACUUUUUGUACACCCUGUAUUAUACUAGGUGAGGUGGGCAUGAGAUUUGAGACAGAGUUGUGACCUGCGAUGCCAACACAGUUGGUCCCUUAUGCUCUUAGCGAUAUUCAUUUUUAGCAAGAAUGGAGUUGAAUGAAGCAACCCACGGUUCAUAGAAGUUGCGAUUAUAAGUGAACCUGAUUUGCAUCAUUAGCAUUCAAUUUUCAUAUUAAAUUACAAACCAUGUACGAGACUUCUAAAUCUGUUUAUACCAAUAAAUUAUGUAAAAAGC